CCGUGCUCCAGCUACCCUGCCAAGCAUGCAGGCGGUGAAGAUGUGUAGAAUCUGACCAGGGAACGGCAAUUGAGAGAUUGAGAGAGGGGUGGGGCCACUUUUUGUUGGCAGCGACUUUACAUACUCCCUUCUGCGCUCCUUCCUCUCACUUUCUCCUUCUCAUCUCUCUUUCCCUCCACAACCCCCAUAUCCCUUUACACAUCAUCAACAUGAGUGCUCCCGCCCAGAAGUUCAAGGUCGCCGACCUCAGCUUGGCCGCUUUCGGUCGUCGCGAGAUUGAGCUCGCCGAGCACGAGAUGCCCGGUCUCAUUGCCACCAGAGAGAAGUACGCCGCUGAGCAGCCCCUCAAGGGUGCUCGCAUUGCCGGUUGCUUGCACAUGACCAUCCAGACCGCCGUUCUCAUCGAGACCCUCAAGGCCCUCGGUGCCGAGCUCACCUGGUCUUCCUGCAACAUCUUCUCCACCCAGGACCACGCCGCCGCCGCCAUUGCCGCCGGUGGUACCCCCGUCUUCGCCUGGAAGGGCGAGACCGAGGAGGAGUACCAGUGGUGUCUCGAGCAGCAGCUCAAGUCUUUCCCCUCUGGCGAGUCCCUCAACCUGAUCCUCGACGACGGUGGUGAUCUCACCGCCCUUGUCCACGAGAAGUACCCCGAGAUGCUCAAGGACUGCUACGGUGUCUCCGAGGAGACCACCACCGGUGUCCACCACCUCUACAAGAUGCUCAAGAACAAGGGUCUCCUUGUCCCCGCCAUCAACGUCAACGACUCCGUCACCAAGUCAAAGUUCGACAACCUUUACGGCUGCCGUGAGUCGCUUGUCGACGGUAUCAAGCGUGCCACCGAUGUCAUGAUCGCCGGUAAGGUCGCCGUCGUCGCCGGUUUCGGUGAUGUCGGUAAGGGUUGCGCCCAGGCUCUCCACGCCAUGGGUGCCCGCGUUCUCGUCACCGAGAUUGACCCCAUCAACGCCCUCCAGGCUGCCGUCUCCGGCUAUCAGGUCACCACCAUGGAGAAGGCCGCUUCCGUCGGUCAGAUCUUCGUCACCACCACCGGCUGCCGUGACAUUCUUACUGGCAAGCACUUCGAGGCCAUGCCCGAGAACGCCAUUGUCUGCAACAUUGGUCACUUCGACAUUGAGAUCGACGUUGCCUGGUUGAAGAAGAACGCCACCUCGGUCACCAACAUCAAGCCCCAGGUCGACCGUUUCCUCAUGCCUUCCGGCCGUCACAUCAUCCUCCUCGCCGAGGGUCGUCUUGUCAACCUUGGCUGUGCCACCGGUCACUCUUCCUUCGUCAUGUCCUGCUCCUUCGCCAACCAGGUCCUUGCCCAGAUCAUGCUGUACAAGGCCGGCGACGAGGCUUUCGGCAAGAAGUAUGUCGAGUUCGCCCGCGCUGGCGAGGGUGAGGGUAUCGGUCAGCUCAAGAACGGUGUCAUGCCCGUCGGUGUCUACGUCCUUCCCAAGAUCCUCGACGAGCAGGUCGCUCUUCUCCACCUCGAGCACGUCAACGCCGAGCUCUCCACCCUCACCGACGUCCAGGCCGAAUACCUCGGUCUCCCCGUCGAGGGUCCCUUCAAGAGCGACAUGUACAGAUACUAGACUGUUUUCUAGCCUUCUGUCAUUAUCGCCUCUUUUCUUCUUUCUCUCUCCCAGCAUUUCCCCUUUUUUUCUCUUUUACAACUUUUUCUGCAUAGCAUGGAGGGACUUUUUUUUUUGCAAAAUCCUGUCCCUCUCUGAUAUUCUUCUUUGGUUUUUUUACUCUCAAAACAAGGGGUGCUUAUGAUGAUUCAACAUGUGCAAUGAUACCAGGCGGGGACACACAAAGUUUACAC